CGCAAGGAGAAGGCGGAAAUGUUUCCGUUCCUAGGCGUUUCCGGUACUCAAAUAAAACAUCUGCUUUAAAACAAACUGACAUUAUUCAUCAGAGUUGAUGUACGUGAUUAUAUGGUGCGCGCGUUUGAUCCACGUUCACGCGCUUAGCCUGAAGAUUAGUACCACAACGGUGUGACAUACGGGAAGCGCUCUGCUCAAUUCUACUCAAGGACACCAAACCACUGCACAUUUAUUUCAGUGGUAUGGCAGAGUUGCUGCAGUUGCUCAUUAGUGUAUCAGAAAAGGCUGCUGAUGUGGCUCGAGUUUGUCGUCAGGAGGCUCCGUUGUUUGAAUUGCUGGUACAAGAAAAGACUGGAGCUGAUAAAAACAAGAAAUUUGUCCAGGACUUUAAGACGCUUGCUGAUGUGCUGAUACAGGAAAUGAUUCGCCAUGAUGUUUGUGCUCAGUUUCCAGAUUUGACUGGCUUUAUUCAUGGAGAGGAAUCCAACAUAUUUGAAAAUGGACAUGGAGAGAGUAUCACUGUGACCGUAUGUGCUCAGGAAGAUGACACUACAACACUGUUGGCUAAAGUUCUGGAUGGUGAUCAGACCGCUGCAUCUCUCCUGUCGAAAGCAAUACACCAGAACCUGCAGAUGAGAGACGAGUUAGCAGAAUCUCUGCAGCUGUCUCUUUGCCCCGCAGACCUGGCCAUCUGGAUCGACCCCAUUGAUGGUACGAGUCAGUACAUUGAGGGGAAGGAGGCAGAGGAGCAGGAUGGUUUUUGUCUGUCUGGAUUGCCAUGUGCUCUGGUUUUGAUCGGGGUUUACUUACGAGCCACUGGUCAACCCGUGAUGGGUGUCAUAAACCAGCCAUUCAACCGCAAAGACUCCAAGGGUAAAGGAUGGAAGGGCCAGCAUGUCUGGGGUGUGUCGUAUGAAGAUGUAAACGUUUGCUCAUUGACGGAGCGGAUAUUGCCAUUUCAACAGAAGAGCGGUCAUGUGUCAAUACUGCUCAGCUCAAGCGAGAGACCGGCAGUGAAGGAUGCGCUAGAACCACUUGCCAAUGGCGCGCUGAUGUAUGCAUCCGGCGCGGGCUACAAGAUUUUGUGUGUGAUCCAGGGCCUGGUGGAUGUGUACGUACUGUCAGAAGGUAGCACAUUUAAAUGGGACUGCUGCGCUCCUCAUGCGGUGCUGCGGGCGCUGGGCGGUGGUGUGUUGAACCUCAGCGAGUGUCUUCACGCUCACACUAACGGAAACAUGACACGUGGAGCUGAACUGACCUACCACGAGCCCCAUAAUGGAGGUCAAGGUGUAGAGAAAUGGGCAAACCAGGGGGGAAUAAUUGCAUAUUUGGACUCCAGAGUGAUUGAUAAAGUCGUAGCGGCACUUGCUGGAAAGAUAUAACAAAAUAUCAUGAUAUAAUCCUUUAGGAUGUGUAUGCAGGUUAAUACACGUUUUUAUUCAUAACCUUUUGUCCUAUAUGAUGUAAUGUAUUUAGUAUGUUAUGUAUUUAUUGGGAUAUUUAAACAUUAAGUUAAAGCUGUAACUCUUAAUGAAAAAAAGAGUAAUAAACAUAUAGUGACUCGAUAUGCAAAGUCUCAAAUAGAUACAGUGGGGCUUAAAAGUCCACAUUGAAAAGCUGUUAUUCAAAAAGUAAUUUAAACCUGGAAAUGAAUGAAGUUUUAGGAUUUUAAAAACCAAGCUUUUUAAAUGAGUAAGAAAAAUGUAAGAUUCUGGAAUUUCUAGGUCAAUAAUCAAAUUUGUGACAAUUCUGUACUGUACAAGAUGCGUUUUGAAACGUUAUCUAAGAAUGCAGGGAGAAUAAUUGGCAAUAUUGUAUUGUUUACAGUCAUGCCAAUAAAGCCACUUUGAAUUUAAUUGAGAACAUGGAUCAU